UUUGUUAUUGGGUCGAAGAAUUAAUAAGCUGCAAUUUUUUGCUGCUGGUCGUUAAGUUUAUUAAAAGUAAUUAUAAAUUUGCUAUAAAUCAUCAAAAAAUUAUAAAUUCAAUCCUCAACUGUCCAAACAAUACAGCAGACGUCGAGGAAAACUUUAAGAGUUUUCCCCUAAACAAAUAUUGGCCAAGAAAUUAGAAACCACACGACAUCUUAAUUAGUCUGAGUCAUUUGGGCAUUACGGUAAACGCGCUCCAUCAAAAAAAAACUUAUUUUGAACAGACCUUAACAGUUAAGGUAUAUUAUGGAAGAAAAAUGUGUCGAAGAAUUUGAAAGUGUUGCCUUAAAUUUAACCAAAACCUCUACAGAUACAAACGCUACAAAAUCAUCGUCAGCACCCGUAAAAUUGGUAACAAAAACAACAACAACUUUGAAAAGAAUAUACUGCCAUUCCAAUAUUCCUCUGGAUUCAAACUACAACGACAAGGCUGUAGAUUCGUAUAAGCCAGCAACAAGCCGUGGCUCCAUGUCGCUACUACAGGAGGAAGAAUUCGAAACAAAUUCACAGCAUGCUUAUGCCGAGGUUGUUCUUGACGAUGAAACCACAACAUCCGGGGUCUUAGAAGCUUACGAAAUAAGUUCAUCAAAUUUGUUACCGCCAUCAUCGUCACAUGGUGAUGACGGCGAAGUAACGUCGGAACAUGUAGCUGCCGUAAAUGAUGACAACAGCUCAUCUACAGAUGCCAUACAAAUCAUAAAAGUUUCAUCGGACUCCUCAAGUGGUUCAUCGACAGCAAGUAGUAAUGCAUUCUAUAACUCUUCCGAAGUAUUUGUAAUUAACGAUGACGAUGAUGAUGAUAACGACGACGAUGAUAUUGAUGAAGAACUAACAAGGAGUCGAAUCAUUGUUAAUAACACAGAUGGAGUUGUUGUGGAGGAUGAUGAAGGCGACGACGACGACGAUGAUGAUGAUGAUGAAGAAGAUGAGGAUGGAGAAGAAAACAUGAAUGUAACCAAUCAGUCUUCUAACGGAAAUUGCCAAACAAACACGACUUCAGGAUGCAAUUCUUCUUCUACUGCCAAAAAUAGUGGUGUUAUUAUGAGUACCAAUGGAGGAAUAAUUUUUCUGGAAACCCCCGUUGUGGAAGAACAGCAACACCAUUCUCUGCAUCACCAUCAUACCCAAAUGUCCACAACAUCUAAAGGCGCCAAUGAGUUUGCAAAUGACAGCAAUGUUGUACCGAAACGGCUCAGUGACGAGUUCUCAAAAGAUGUUGGUGAUGUCGGAGAGGAAACACCCUCGUCCUCGUCAACCACAAUUAAUAAAGCACUGCAACAUCACCGACCCAAAGAACUCACAUAUGAUUUAAGGGAAUCAUUUGGAAGUUCAGAUAACGAAAGAAUGUCAUCCCGCUUGAAAAAUAUGAAUUUAAAUCAGAAUACAAAUUACAAAAUUUCUCAGGAUCUACCAUCUAGUAGCUCAAUAUCAUCGUCCCGCGUUUUAAGUGCUGCUCCAUCAUCUAUGGCCAUGUCUUCUUUGUCAGAUAUAGAGUCAAUGGAUUUAAUAGAACGUCGAGAUUUUGAGCAUGAGCAACGUUUAACCGGAGGCAUUAUUAUAAAAACAAGCUCAUUUAGUAAAGAUGAUGUACUGGGUAUGGUAAAGUCGCGAUUAAUGAUGAAUGGCAAACUACCGUCGCACAAAAAUGUUGCCUCUGGCGGCGGCGAUGAGGAUGCACAACAAGCCACGAGUAGUAAUUCUAGAGGUUUUUCUUCUGAUAGCAAAUGUACCUACAAAGAUUUGUCCGCAACACCAACAAGUAGUCGAAAGUCAAUUGUACGUUUGACCAAAUCAACUGCCAAAAUGAAUCUGAGCAACACACUAAGUCAUCAUACUCAACAACAACAGCAACCCGAUAAUGUAAAGACAUUACAACAUAAUAGUAGCAUUACAGAACAAAAGCAAAACAAAAACAUAUGUCCAUCCUCAUCGUCCUCCGCAUCAGCAAUAUCGUCGUCAUCAUCCACAUCUACCAAUAGCACCUCAGCAUCGAAACUCAAAUCGGUCAUAGUUGAACCAGGCACAGCAGCAAUGGGUUCCUCGGAAAUCUAUUCAAAUUCUAAUUCAAAUGAUAGUCUCAUAUCUAGACCCUCAUCAACCAGUUCAGCAGUAACUAGCAAACAAACACAAUAUUUACGUCAAGAUAAGAAUAAGUCACAGGAGGAUUCCUCCGGGCCAUCAACGUCGUCAGCAACAAAAGCCUCUUCCUCAUUCUCAUCCUCCACCUCGUCUUCUUCAUCUGUUGUCGUUCGCGUUUUUGAAAAUGGCUGUAGUCGUACCAGCGCUAUUCAGCCUCUGAUAAGCAAUUCUAAUCAUAAUAGUAACUCAUCUGCAAAUGAUCAACAAGACGACGAUGUCCAACCCUCAACAUCGUCGGCCAGAUGUCAAUACGCCCCGCCACCUAGAAGUCACAGACAGGUCAAUGCCAGCGCUCAAACAAACGAAAGAUAUUUAUCGCGAAACCGCAGCAACAGUGAUAACUCAUCAUCCGUAGUGACGAACGAUAUAUGCCUGGGUGGAGCCGCUGGAGUAAGUAACAAUGCCGGCCCUAGUUCCAGUCGCAACAGUAGUGGCCGCCGUGCUGAACCCUCACAUAACAUAAUGAACGGCUUGCGUAUGCUGAACGACCACCACCAUGUAGAUAGCAACUUCUCAUUCAAUCAUCAAAAUUCAGCUUGGAACGAUAGCGAGGAGAACAAUUCCGAUAUUGAAGAAAUAUGUACAUGUCAUCACAGCUCGCUAGGUGAUGGCAGUAGCCAUGGCGGUAGCAUGAGUGACUUGAAUGAUGGAGUAGACGAAUUGGAGACAUCGCAAGUUUAUGCCAGUAAUAAUAAGGAUAAUGGAGGUGAUUUAUCGUACAAUAUAAUGCAAAACUUAUCCAUAUCCGAAGAUGCCACCGUCACAUCCCCUGAGUGUAAUGUCAAUCGUAAGCGCAAAUACCAUGACAGUCGUCUUAUGGAUCACGAUUACAAUUCAACAGCGAUAACAAGCAGUGGAAAUGUUGUUUCUGCGACAGAAAGUAAUAGUCGUAAACGCAUUGCCUAUGAUUUUGCAUCCACUCCCCGAUCCUCGCAGUCGAACAGCAAUGCCACAUGUACUAUAGUUCUUGCUUCGACACCCUCUUCGGCUUUACCCUCGACUGGUUCUCCUAUGGGAAGACGCACGCCCCGGUCUUUAAUACCAACACGAGAUAACCCACCGCCCGAAUUGCCACAAUGGCUUCAACAAUUCCAAAGAUGGUCUCAUGCAGAACGUCUGUUGGCAGUGGAUCGACUCAUUGAACACUGCGAACCCACACAAGUUCGCCAUAUAAUGAAGGUUAUCGAACCGCAGUUCCAGCGGGACUUUAUUUCACUGCUACCUCGGGAAUUGGCUUUGCAAGUUCUGUCCUAUUUGGAUCCUCAGGAUCUACUUAGGGCUGCACAAACUUGUCGCAGUUGGCGUUUCUUAUGUGACGACAAUUUACUGUGGAAAGAAAAAUGCCGACAAAGUCAAAUUCUAACAGAACCUCGCACCGAUCGUCCCAAACGGGGUCGAGCUGGAAAUAUGCCACCCAUUGCAUCGCCGUGGAAAGCUGCCUAUAUGCGCCAACAUAUAAUAGAAAUGAAUUGGCGUUCGAGACCUAUUAGACAGCCAAAGGUGCUUAAGGGCCAUGACGAACACGUGAUAACAUGUCUUCAGUUUUCCGGUAAUCGUAUUGUUUCGGGAUCAGAUGACAAUACACUGAAAGUGUGGUCAGCUGUUACUGGCAGGUGUUUGCGUACUUUGGAGGGACAUACUGGCGGUGUGUGGUCGUCACAAAUGUCAGGCAAUAUCAUAAUCUCAGGUAGUACGGACCGCACUCUUAGGGUGUGGGAUAUGGAAACCGGUCAAUGUGUGCACACACUUUUGGGACAUACAUCGACAGUACGCUGUAUGCACUUGCACGGCAACAAAGUUGUUAGCGGUUCUCGAGACGCAACUCUACGCGUAUGGGACAUAGAGCAAGGAACGUGUUUGCGAGUAUUAGCCGGUCAUUUGGCAGCGGUUCGAUGUGUGCAAUACGAUGGAAAACUAAUUGUUUCCGGUGCUUACGAUUAUAUGGUUAAAAUUUGGCAUCCAGAGAGAUCAGAAUGUCUACACACACUCCAAGGUCACACAAAUCGUGUGUAUUCAUUGCAGUUCGAUGGUGUUCAUGUGGUAAGCGGAUCUUUGGAUACAUCCAUACGUGUCUGGGACGUGGAGACGGGCAACUGUAAACAUACCCUGAUGGGUCAUCAAAGUUUAACGUCAGGCAUGGAACUGAGAGAGAACAUUUUAGUAUCCGGUAAUGCUGAUUCAACGGUUAAAGUUUGGGAUAUUACCACUGGACAAUGUCUACAAACAUUAUCGGGACCAAAUAAGCAUCAAUCAGCUGUCACUUGCCUGCAAUUCAAUUCACGCUUUGUCGUUACCAGUUCAGAUGAUGGCACUGUUAAACUAUGGGAUGUUAAGACUGGUGAAUUUAUACGAAAUCUUGUAUCACUUGAAUCUGGGGGUUCGGGAGGUGUUGUAUGGCGAAUAAGAGCAAAUGACACUAAACUGAUAUGUGCAGUUGGUUCUCGCAAUGGAACAGAAGAGACCAAGUUAAUGGUUCUUGACUUUGAUGUGGAGGGAGCUUGUGUCAAAUGCUCAUAGGAUAUAAACGUCGUAAUGCAUACAAUAGACUUUAUCACCAUGAUCGUGACAAUGGUGGUAGAUUACGCACAUAACAUUUUAAAUGAUUGUGGUGAAGAGGAUAUUAAGCAUCAAUUUGAUAUAGAAAUAGUACUAAAGAAAAGACGCCAAUUUGUGUUUUAUGCCUACAGUAGCGAUACUGUAACAAAAACAAACUUUUUUAAAAGUGAAAUGUAAAAACAAAACUAUGCUUAUCUACAAAUCUCUAAACAAAAGCUUUAUAAGCUUCAAAAUAUCAUCCAGAAAAAAGAAACACUAAAAAGGCAGCCAUACUAACAACAAACAAAUACAUGAGCAUAAACAUCAAUAGCGAACAUUA